CUCUCUCUCUCUUUCUUCUCUUCUUCUUCUCUCUUGUCUCAUACACCGGUUCACAGUAGGAAGACUCCUCGGAACAACAUGUAUCUUACUAAUGGGUUACCCGGGUCCUCCCUCCCGACUAGUAAUACGGGAUACGGUACCAACAACAGUGGACAGGCGAUACAUGGGCGUCCUAUUAGCGGACCAGGUUUUAGCAACCCCAACUAUGGGGCUGGCAAUCGAGGUACGGUCUGCUACAACUGUGGGAAAACGGGCCACUUUGCCCGAGAAUGUUGGACCGUCCGAGGGCGGUAUGGCCAGACAGGUAAUACGGAUCCCGAACUUGAAGAAAUCAAGGAGCAACACAGGCUAGCGAGGAAGGAGAGGCAGGAGUUAGAGGAGAAGAAGAGAAUCGAGGAAGAAAAGAAGGCUAAGGAAGAGGAAGAAGCUCGUAGAGAUCGUGACUUCGCACGGAAGGCGGAAGAGUUUARGUUGCAGAUCAGGGYGGAGCUGCAUGAAGAAUGGCGGAAGAAGAAAUCAAAGGUCGAGGUUGUGGUAAGGGAAUCAACUAAGGAGCGAUUAUCUUCACCGAGAAGGAAGAACGCGAGGGCUGAAUGUUCCAAAYGGGCGGGUUUGAACACUCGUGGUAACGCAUGUGAUGCCGAAACCUCGGAGCAAGCGGCGGAACCCAAGACACCGCUGACUGCCGGAUAUAAGGGCAUUUCUGCAGAAUGUUCGCAACGAGGCAUCAUCGACUACUGUAUCUCGGCUCAGAAGAUCUUCUCGACGAAGAAAGCUACCGACCUUAGGAGGAUCUGUGACAGGAAGGGCAUCAAGUACACCAGGAAGCCCGAAGUUGUYGAACUCUUGGCAAGACAGYWGGUCGAGUUAGCUUAUGAGGGAUUCGGAGGUUUUGAGCCGGACAAGGAGAAGGAGGCGACUAAGACGACAACUUCCCAUAAACGAGCUGAAGAGAAAGGAAAGCAGAAGUUGGAGACACCGGUCGGACGCAAGACCGAACCAAGAAGGGUGAAGACAGGGAAGGUGGCGACAAACUUGACUACGGUGAAAGGAACAGUCUGGGCGGAUGGUUGGAGGCGGAUCAAAAGACUCUAYGACCAAUCUAGAGUUAAGGUGAAUGGGACUGACAUGCGGCUCAAGGCCGCGAGGAGACUUCUACAAGAAGGUGCCCGGGUGGUGGURAUGAAAAUCACUAGGACUAAGACUACUACGGAGGUUAAUAGGGGCAUCCUGAUAGGGCUGUUGCGAAGGCCCAGGCCGAAGUCGUUUUUCCUYAAGAUGUCGUCGAACAAGCUGGUUGGCCUAUACAGGGCUGCAGGGACACUGGCAGAUGGUAAGUCGAAGCUAUCCUUAAGACUGAAGAUCGAUAGAGCACUGCUGGAGACGACGGGUAUCAGCGUGAGAAAAAGGGUGAAUGUCGUACUACCUUUCGAUUCUCGGAUCAGGAAGGCACUGGUUCGCAAGGCUGCGGAGGAGAUGAUUGCUCGGAMGAUCGGUGAUGACCACCUCUCGAGCUUCGUGAAAAGCCGGAUUCGGGCAAUCUGGAGGAAGAAUAGGACGGUCAGCGAGUUGUUACAUAACCAGAAGCUCUUCGCCACAGAUGAAGAGAUGCCCUUCCCCUGCGCUUCCUCCAAGUUGCCGAAGACCGAUGGGCACGUAUCAACGCGUUUCGCGGAUCUUCAUACCGAACGCGUACCGUGGUUCGUACGGAACUCGAAGAAUAUCACCAGGCCAGUGAACACCCAGGACGGUGGAACGAUACUACUGGCGAUCUCCGAGGCCACUAGGCAUCUGGGAACACAAGUCGUUACUUUGAGUCUACCGGAAGGUACCAUCAGGACUGACGGUCACCAACCGGUAGCUUGGACGGAUGGUGAGGUACGGAAAUGGAGUACGGAUUUCAGGGGUUUUGUCCUGGCCCCGAUAGAUAGGAAUCCGAGCGACACGGGGAUCAUCUGUCYGGUCCUCUACCGUCACGCUUUCGGUAAGACCUUCCUGUGGAACACCAACUAUGAGUCGGUAGGGAAAGGCGUCACGGAGUCGGUGGCGUUGGCUAGAUGCAAGGUGGAAUUCCUGGCAGCGGAUCUGCAGAAGCUGGGGGCCUGGAAGCUAGACGAAUGCUUGAGGAAUGCCUAUGUCAUUCCCAAGCACAAGGAUCUCAAUAGAUGGAGACCCAUUGCUCCCGCUCCGGCUGACCCGGCGGGACUGGCCCAACGUAGAGUGGCGAGCGCAUUGCACUGCCUGCUGAUGAGGGUUCCUGCUCAAGCCUCAUUCUACCUCAACUCGGUCUCCGAUCUUGCGGACAAGCUGAAGGCGACCACACACAGGCUGAAGGCAGCAGGUUGCGAGCAGGCCAUUGGCAGAUGCUACGACAUCAAGGAAAUGUUUUCCCGUAUACCCCAUGACGAGGUCUUGCGGUCGGUUCACCAGCUACUGCGGCGAUUCGAGGAUGCUGAGUGGAAGCAGGUGAAGGUCUCUUUCAGAGCUCGGUCCUACAUUUUGAGUAAGACAUCCAGAAAGCAGGACAGRUAUGUCAGUAUUAGACURAAGGAAAUUCUGACGACCKUGAAGUUUGACCUCCAGCACUCCUUCAUCAAGUGCGGGCCAAUUGUGAUGAGGCAAGUCUUCGGCAUUCCGAUGGGAAAGACGACAAGUCCGGUGCUGGCCUCGAUCACAUGCGCGAUGACCGAAGAACGUUUUCUCCGAGCACUUGGGGCAGAUAGGAGACUCGUGGCAGGAUGGUGGAUUAUGGACGACAUCUCCGUUGUAGCUGGCCUACCUUCCUCUGAUCACCACGGGGGAUACCCGCAACGCUGCUUUGAACAGUUUGAGGCGUGCUACCGUUGCUACGAUGUACGUAAGGAGGGAUGCGGUCUAGAAUGGGAUUUUGUCGGAGGUUCCAUGAUGAUCGGGAAUGAGUCGCUGCAGCUCCAUUAUGUUCCUAGAACGAAGAACACGGAAGCGUUGUUCGAAACUGGGAAACUGUURUUCCAAACCUUCCAGGACUACGCUUCGUACUCGGAUAAGAAGGUGAAAAGAGCAGUACUGUCAGCCGCGAUGAAGAGGCUAUGGUACCACUCCACUAGCAAACCGCUCGUUCUAGGGGCGGUUGCUUUUACGGUCUGCGAAGCACCCCGGGAGGUCUCUCUCGGUGCCCUGGCCGAUUUGGCCAAGGCUGCUGGGAACGCUGCACUUACAAAGAUGUUGGCAGCACUCUCGGCAAGAUCGGGCUUYAGGAGGUUUAGGUGAAGACGUUUCCCAAAUUUUGU